AUGUCUGACAAUAAGCAGGGCGGAAAGUGGUCUAACCCGGCCUUUCUCCUUAGCCUGGUUGUUGGCUUCUACGACGAGCUGAAGAACGGCAGUCUCCCGCAGGAGGCAAAGGACCGUGUCGAGGCGAAGCUCCAUCGCGAUGGCUUCGAGGACACCACCUGGGACAAUAUGAUUCUCAUCCCCUUCUCCACACACUACACACCCAUCCUGUCAGCCCCAAUAUCUUUCCCUGACACAACCCUUUUUUUUUUCCACAUUCCAUCAAUCGUUUCCCAUCAGCCAACCCAAUACUACACGAACACAAUCACCAUGUCAGAGAAGUCUGCUCCCGGUGGCAAGUGGGCUAAUCCGGCCCUUCUCGAGGCUCUGGCUAUGGGAUUCCAUACCGUUGCCAAGGGCGAAGGCCUUACGAAGGAAGCCAAAGACGCCGUCAUCCUGAAGAUGCAUGCAUAUGGCUUCACGGAUAUCACCUGGGAAGCUGUCCGGUGUAUCGACCAGCAGAUCUUGGUCUCUAUGGUCAAGACGAUGGCUCCAUCCACUGAUCAGUACUCAGUCAUCAUUGACGAGCUUCAUGCCCUCGGUCAUACAAUGACCGUUUCUGCCUUGAAGUGCGCCUUCCACCUUUUCCCUUCGUCCUUUCCCACUUCUGCCUCUCCAGCGGCCUCCUUCCCGCCACUUCCCACAUAUUUCCCCAGAUCAAGCGAUCUCUCAGUUUUUCCUUUCUUCCACUCUCAUCUUCACUCCAAUCACCACCACUCGCCUAUUUCAUGA